AGUGUCGGCUCACUUGACUGUAGUCUCACUGUGGGAAGGUCUAGGCCAGCUAGGUACAGUAAUAAGACUCUGAUUCGGCUAUAUUAAACAACCUAUUUUAUAUCUUGGCGCAGCUUACACUUCUAAAAAUGGGUCAUUCUAGUUGAGGAAGUUUUUAGAUUCAGGCCAGGUUGAUUUAAGGUUGGGUGUUUUGGUCCCAGUCUGAUAGUGUCUGAGGGAGUGCCAGUCAGUCAGUCACACAGAUGUGGACAGUUAGUCGAUGCUAGAGGCUGUAAAUCAUUAGUGUUAUGGGGUUAUGUAGACAAAGGUCAGAGCAGAGCAUGAAAAGAGGCUGACUUAGAUUCCUGGCUGCCAUUGACUCAUUAUUAUCCUAGAGAUCAACAGUGUUGAGGGGAGGGGCUUACAAGUUUACAGGUUACAGCUGCAGCUUUACUCCGCUACAACACCCAGCCAUAAGAGGAGGCCUUGGCUCAGCAUGAGAGGCUAUGAGGAUAACACAGCCUUCCUGGGGGAGUGGGGACCCUUUCAACAGACUGUCUUCUUUCUGCUCUGUGCCAGCACCAUUCCCAACGGAUUCAGCGCCUUCUCCGUCAUCUUUCUAGGGGACAGCCCCCCGCACCACUGUUUUGUCCCAGACUCGGGCAACCUGAGCGAGGCAUGGAGGAAGGCCAUCAUUCCCAUAGAGGUGGUGAAUGGACAGGAGAAGGAGAGCAAGUGCAGCAGAUACAGGCUGGAUGUGGUCAGAAACCUGUCUGCUCUGGGCUACAUCCCCGGCCUGGACGUCAACCUCACUGAGGUGGAGCAGGAGUGCUGUGUGGAUGGAUGGAGCUACAGCAAAGAUAUAUACCAGUCUACCAUAGUCACUGAGUUUGACUUAGUGUGCAAUGACAAAUGGAAGCAGCCAUUCACUUCCUCUGUGUACUUCCUUGGGGUGCUGUGUGGCUCCUUCUUCUCUGGACAGCUCUCUGACCGGUUUGGGCGAAAGCCUGUCCUUUUUGUGACCAUGGCAGUCCAGACACUCUUUACCUUUGUUCAAGUCUUUUCUCAGUCCUGGGAAAUGUUCUCAGUCCUCUUCUUCAUUGUGGGACUGGGGCAAAUAUCCAACUAUGUGGCAGCGUUCGUAUUGGGCACAGAAAUCUUGACGGCCACAGUGCGUGUCCUAUACGUUACACUGGGGGUGUGUCUGUUCUUUGCCUUCGGCUACAUGAUGCUGCCUCUCCUGGCAUUCUUCAUCCGGGACUGGAGGUCGCUCCUUCUGGUUAUGUCUGUGCCUGGCCUGGUAUACAUCCCCCUCUGGUGGUUCAUCCCAGAGUCUCCCAGAUGGCUGCUCUCUCAGGGAAGAGUGGAGGAGGCUGAGGCCAUACUGAGAGAUGCUGCCAGGAGGAACAGAGUCACAGCACCAGAGGUCAUCUUUGAGGAGUCAGAGGGUGAAGAGAAACCUAAACCAGAGGAACAUCACAGUCCUUUGGACCUCCUGAAGACUAGCAACAUUCGUAAAAUCACCCUCAUAUUGGCUCUAGUGUGGUUCACCCUGAGUAUGGGCUACUUCGCCAUAUCCCUGAACACAUCCCGUCUCCAUGGAGACCCCUAUGUGAACUGUUUCAUCUCUGCUGCCAUCGAGGUGCCUGCUUACGUCAUCAGCUGGCUCUUCUUGCGCUACCUACCCAGGAGGAUAUCUGCCUCCGCUAGCAUGCUGCUAGGAGGGGGAGCUCUCUACUUCAUCCAGCUGGUACCGCCAAGUCUACCUAGCCUAUCCAUAGCCCUGGAGAUGUUGGGUAAAUUUGGCAUGGCCAUUGGUACUGCACUGAUGUAUGCCUACACUGGAGAGCUGUAUCCCACAGUGAUCAGGAACACUGCGCUAGGCUCCUGUGCCAUGAUCUCUCGGGUAGGCAGUAUCAUCGCUCCCUACAUCAUGACCUUGAGUACCUAUUAUAAGUAUUUGCCAUACAUUUUACUGGGGAGUCUUCUUGUGCUGUCAGCUAUGGCCAUUCCUCUUUUACCAGAGAGCUUUGGCCAUCCUCUACCAGAGACCAUUAAGCAGAUGCACAAACGAAAGUGGCUAAAGUGCCCAUCUCUGAAGAGGAUGAGAGACCACCUGAACAGCUCUUUGAUGAAUGACACUAGAUUGAGUGUCUAGCCAAAUGACACUAGAUUGUAAUUACUUUAUAACUGCUUUGAAAAUACACUAAAAGUAUGUGGACACCGUUUCAAAUGAGUGGAUAUGACUAUUUCAGCCACACCGGUUUCUGACAUGUGUAUACAACUAAGCACACAUCCAAGCACUUUCCAUAGACAAACAUUGGCAGUAGAAUGGCCCUUACUGAAGUGCUCAAUUACUUUCAACGUGGCACCGUCAUAGGAUACCACCUUUCCAACAAGUCAGUUCAUCAAAUUUCUGCCC